AUGAUCCAGGUGCUGCGGCCAGCGAGGUUCACAGAGCUCAUCGGCGACGAUGAAGAUAUUCCUCGGCCUCCCCUGAGCCAGACACGAACAGCGCAGCAGAGCCGGCGGCGGAAGCAGAAGAAGCAGCUGGAGCGCCGCUGGCGGCACAGCGCCGCAGUCACCGCCCUCACGCCCGCGCAGGCGGCCGCCGUGGCGACCACGCACGCGGACGCCACCAGCGCGCUGGACCUCCUCGUCUUCCUCGCGCGGGAGCGCUCCCACGAGUACUCCCCGGACACCUUCGCCGCGCUCGCGCUGCGGCUCGUGGAGGCCCGCAGGUGCCCGGCCGACGUCGGCCGCGCGCGGGUCCACAUGCUCAGGGCCUGCCGCACCCCGCUGGAGAUGACGCGGGCCAUGGAUGACCUGGACACGCUCGCCCGGAGAGGGCCCCGGAUGGAUCUCGUGGCCUACGGCGCCCUGCUCGUCCAGCUCAACACCCUCGGCAUGACGGCCACCCUCCUGGACAGGUACCGCCGCCUUCUCCGAGAAGGCCUCAAGCCCAAUUUGCUCAUCUACAACACCGUCAUCAACGCGCUGUGCAAGGAUGGUAAUGUUACGGAUGCACAUUCCGUCCUGGAUAAGGUGUGCAAGUCCGGGAUGAAGCCUGACGCGUUCACCUACAUGUCGAUGAUCAUCGGGCAUUGCAAGAACAAUGACCUGGGUUCGGCAAUUGAGGUUUUCGCUCGGAUGGGUGAAGAGGGGUGCGAGCCGAACGCCGCGACAUACUCGAACCUCAUCAACGGGCUCUGCGACAGUGGGAGGGUGGAUGAGGCGUUGGAUGGACGAGAUGACGCGGCGUGCUGUUCCGCCCACAGCGAACGAUUUCACUGCCCCUAUCGCUGCGUUGUAUACGGGACAUAUAGCGCCCUCGUAAAUGUUCUGGUGGAGGAUAGCAAAAUGGAUUCUGCGCUUAUCGUGUGCAAUGUGAUGCAGAGACAUGGCUGUUUACCCAACACCAUCACAUACAAUAAAAUGAUCAAGGGCUACUGCAAGAUUGGUGAUACCGACAGGGCAAUGGCAAUGCUGAUCAGUCUGUUGAAGGGCACACCUACAGCUACACUCGUGACAUACAACACCAUCAUCAAAGGAUACUGUGACUCGGGGAAUACUAGUGCUGCUCUUAAGAUUCUAGAGCUUAUGGAGGCUAAUGGGUGUGAACCUGAUGAGUGGUCUUAUAAUGAACUGAUCGCUGGUUUUUGCAAUGUAGGCGAAAUGGAAUCGGCUUCUAGGUUGUUUAGUGAAAUGGUGGGUCAUGGGCUACGCCCAGAUGAAGUUACCUACAAUACACUCAUAAGCGGAUACUGCACGGACGAGAAACUGGACCGUGCAGCAGAAAUGCUGGAGCACAUGAAGGAAAGUGGUUGCAAACCAACCGUUCGAACUUAUAAUGCUCUAAUCCAUGCUCUAACCAAGCAGAACAAUUUUUCUGCUGCGGAGAGACUGUGUGAAGUGAUGCUUGAAGAAAAGAUAUCUCCGAAUGUAGUCACUUACAAUACUAUGAUUGAUGGGUUGUGCAGAAAUGGUGCCACAUCUUUGGCCCUUGAAAUGCUCAACAGGAUGGUUGAAAACAGUUGCCUACCUGAUUUGCGUACUUACAGUUCUCUUAUCCAAGCUCUGGGCCAAGAAGGCAAGGUAGAGGAAGCUGAGAAACUGUUUUCAGAUUUACUGAGGCAAGGGCAUACUCUCGAUGAAGUUGCUUAUAUCAAGAUGAUUGAAGUUUAUAUAAUUUCAGGCAAAGUUGAUCGUGCCUUUGAUCUCUUAGGCCAAAUGAUAAAUGCUGGAUGCCAACCAACCUUGUGGACAUAUGAUGUUUUGAUUAAAGGCUUGAAAAAUGAGCACCUGAUGGGUGACCAGAAACUUGUGUCCUUGCAUGAUUCGGUCUCAAACUGUAGUUUUGAUGACCAAGCCAUUAAAGAAUAUGCCAUUUCAGUUUUAUCUUCUAAGUUAGCAGAUGUAGAUCUUGGGCUAUCUCGGCAGUUGAACGAUGCAUUUUUGUCUGGAUUAAGCAGAAGUGGGAGAUGGUAUGAGGCAUAUAAGCUGUACAGAAGCAUGGUUGGUCAGGGUUUAUGCCCAAACCAGGAGGCAUAUAAUUAUUUCAUUAUUUCAAUACUAAGAGCCCGGAAAGUUGACCUGGCUAUGGGUGUAUUCAGACAUAUGUCUGCUCAACGUUGUGAACUCCAUCUUGUUGGUUAUAAAGCACUAAUAUGCGCUUUAUGCCAAUUUAACAGAAGGAAAGAAGCCCAAUUUAUUUUUGAACACAUGCUGUCGAGGCCUUUCGAUCCUGAUAAUAUUGUAUGGACUGUCCUCAUCGAUGGAUUGCUUGGGGCCGGAUACAAAGACUUGUGCAUGGAAUACCUGCACAUCAUGGAAAAUAAUCAUCGUGAGCCUAGUUUCCGUUCAUACAACAUUUUAGCAAGAGAAGCGUUGAAAAAGCAGCCAUCACUAGGAUCAGUUGGACUUGAUGCACAGCAGUAAUUUGGGGAUUUUUCUUGUGAUACCUGAUAUAUGCCAGAGCUAUCCAUCCUGGAGUUAGUUAGAUGGCUAGAGGGACCUCUUCAUUGUUUGUGAUCUUCCUCAUGGUUAUCUAUUUCCAAGCCUUUGGUAUUGUGCUUCCAGAUGAGCUUCAUUACAACGGUUAUGCUUUGUGUCCUGCCUGUUCAUUUGCAACCAAUAUCUGGUGAGUCUAUUGAACAUCGUUUCUUUUCUCUUGGUGGAAUAUUGGUCUGUGACGGCUUGGCGCAGUGCAAACU